AUGGGCUACGAAGACGACUCCAGCCGCGCCAGUACCCCCCGUGGGUUCUCGGAUGAACCGCUUGUGGAGCCCAAGCGACCUUUCUAUCGCAAAGGAAGCUUCUGGUGCCUCGUCGUCUUCCUCUGCGUAUGUGCCGCCGUCAUCCCGCCUCUGGUUGUGUUCCGCGACAGACUCGGAACCUCCUCAUCGACGCCGUUCGACGAUCCACCAUUCUGGAACGGCACAGGGCCUAAUGACAACCCAUUCGGCACGUGUUUCACCUUGCAAGCGACCGCAUUUCAACCGCACUGGAAAGAACAGCAGACGACAACGUGGUGUGGGGCACAAUUCAACAAGUCUUCUCCCAUUUUCGCUUUGCCGCUGCUCAACAUGUCCAUGGCCGUCGGGUCCAAUGUGCCAGUCACUCACGAUGUCAACCGGACCCUCUACGACCAGAUGACGAGGAACUGGUGCGGCGCUGAAGCAACCAUUCGAGGUCCCAACGGAACGUAUCAGGCGAUUCUCGGUGACGCCAACGCUUGGACCACGAUCGAUCUCAACAUGAACCUCUUUGAACGCUUGAAAGGUGUGCCGGUGGGCACCUACUCGGACCCGGAUGCUGCUCGCUGGAUGAACAACAUUCGUGUCUGUUUCACAGGGAAUCGCACAAACGUCUACAACGGAUACCCCUACAGCUACUGA